GCGUCUUCCUGUACGAUCGGAAUAGGUUUCCUUGUUUGUCUGACAAAUCUUCCGAAGUACAACACUUUGUCCACACGUAGAAAUGAAACAAAUAUCGCAACAGUUUUUCGACGAAACAGUAGUUUCGAAUAUGGAGUUGCUUGAUUUGAAUGAAGAUGAAGCUAUUGAGGAGACGGCUCAGUCUUUUACAUUGGAGGUUGGACGAUCGUUUGGCCGAUUUUCAUUCUCUAAAGGGAGUCGAUCUAUCAAAUAUUGUCAAAGACAUGGUUAAAUACAAAAACGGUCAUCCGUGCACCAUCUCACUUAAAGAGUUGUGCGAUCUUCUCGAAGCAGAUUCACCGGAUUACUCACGCAUCAACAGCGUCGUGGAGAAUUUACGCGAACAAAGUGACAUUAACUUUUCACACCGAAAGUUGCUACAUACCAUGGGUGUGCUCUCUUCUUUGGAAACAGUCAUUGAUCGGUGCGUCUAUGUGAAUCAGAGACCGUGUGUUGUCUCUACUCUGCGUUUAACUGCCUCCGUUUGUUCUGGGCAGGCGGAAGUCUUCAACUCUCCUUCCGGAGCCGAAUUUCUAAAUAAACUGGUCAAUCUACUGAUUAAAACCCUACACGAGAAAGAGCACGACGAUUUGUCGUUUGAGACGAUUUCAGCUUUCUACUCUGUGCUCAGAACUGCCUGUUUAAAGAACGAGCCUAACAGACUUUUGAUAACUGGAACAGCCAUUAUAUCAGAGACGAUCGGUUGGUUGUCACAAAUUGAUCUAUCAAGCAAUGCUUCACACUUGUCUGAAAAGUGUGCUGUCCUCCGUGAAUUGUUCGCAUUUCUACGCUCCAUCACUCUGGAUGACGAUAUGGAGGUCGAAUUUGGCAUGGGUUCGGCAAAUGCCCGCGAUAUCGCCUCAACCAAAUCAGCAAUCGAGGUGCUUAUCAAAGUGGCUAGAGCGUCUGUUGAACUAUCAAACGAACAAUGCGUCAUGGACGCCUUCACGACUUUGGCCUCAAUCAUCACACGUGAGGAGUUCUGCCGGCAAUUCACGCAGCACGGGGGACUGAAUUUGGUGCUGUCCACUCUUCAAACUCAUCGCGACUCCCCACUUAUUGUAUUCGGAUGUCUACAACUGUUGCGCAUACUUUGUGGAUCGGACGAUUGCAAGCGAGCCCUCGGUACUUGGUCUUCGGGACCCGGGAAAGAAUGCACUGGCCCGACAAUUCUGGUGGAGCUAUUGGAACGGUUUAUUCGCAAUACGGGGCUUGUGAAAAGCGCGGCUGCAGUGAUCGCCGCAAUGACACUACGUCAACCUGAUUUGGCCGAGCAUGUCGUUGCGGCUGGUGUGCCAGAGUUUUUAGCCAAAGCUUUGCAGCUUCAUAUGUCAGACUCAUCUACUGUCAGAGCGGUGUGUAUGGCUAUUCGCAACUGUGUUGCACGAUCAGCAGACUUACGGAAGGCAUUUAUGGGCUCCCACUUUCCGCCCGGUUCUUCCCAUUAUACUCAAUCCUCGGAGGAAGCAUCAGAUCCUUACGAGUUGGAAUCCCUCUUGAACACUGCUUUGGCCAAACGGGACUGUGCUGAUGAGGCCAAAGCUGCACUCCGUGAUCUUGGUUGCCGGGUCACCUUGCGGGAACUCUGGACCGGCGUUCCCGCGGCCAAUUCUUAACUUGCUGUAGACACGCUCUUAUUAUUAAUGUUACUGUUUUCCGGCGAUUUGACGAACACAGCACCCACACAAUUCAAACCUCCCUACAUCACUACUUUCUUGUGAGAACAGACUGAUAGUUUUACCUAACAGGCUAUUUCGCUUCACGAAUUGUAUGUGCAACACCGAUAUUGAGGACACUCAGUUUACCACAUUCUGCAUUUAUUCGGUCGUGUUUCACCUCGAUAGCGAAUAGAAAACUUCUGGCGCGAACUGAGAUCAACAAGCAAGACUGCCUCCAUCACGAUUUAGUUUUCGUCGACGAUCAGUCUGGUCCACGU